AUGAAUUCCGUCCCGAAUGAUCUCAUCAACGAGAUAUUCUCGAGAUUGCCUUCAAAGUCCAUUGGGAGGUUUCGUUGCGUGUCGAAGCUAUGGAGUUCCAUGUUUCAACGUCCAUAUUUCACGGAGUUGUUCUUGACGAGGUCCUCGGCUCGUCCCCGUCUCUUACUUGCCGUCCAAAGAAGACAUCCAAGCACUGAGUGGAGCUUCUUCUCGCUGCCUCAGCCUCAUAAUCCAUAUGAGAACUCGUCGUCUCUUGUAGUCGCCGCUGAAUUUCAUAUGACGUUCCCUUGUAGCUUUGGAUUUGGACUUUGUGGCUAUGCCUUUGGUUUGAUCUUCUCUGAAAAGGAGCAGGAUAUUGUGAUAUGUAAUCCUAACACGGGACAAUAUUCGGUCUUACCUAAACUGAGAACGAACACCAGCUCGAGAAUCUUUUUAGGGUUUGAUCCGAUUGACAAGCAAUUCAAGGUAUUAAUGUUCAUGAGGGGUCCAUAUCGUUAUGAUGGUGAUUGUAGAAUUCUGACAUUGGGAACUGGAGAAGUGAGUUGGAGGAAGAUACAAUGUCCCUUAACCCAUUUUACCCUUUCGAAAGGGAUCUGCAUCAAUGGGGCUUUGUAUUUCUCAGCUGAAAUGCAUUCUGAGAACAAGAUACUUUGCUUUAAUGUUAGAUUUGCUUACCUGCCGGAUACUAGAAGGCGUACCCUUGAGUUGAGAAUGUGGGUUCUAGAUGAUGUCGAGAAACCUGAAUGGUUGAAACAUGGAUACACUUUGCUCGAUGACAAAAUUGUUGAUCAACCCUAUAUUUCCGUCGCUGGAGUGACUUCCACGGGUGACAUUGUUUUGUCGAGGAGCUUUUAUAAAUCCUUUUAUGUUUUCUACUUUAAUCCCGACAGAAAAGCUCUCCAAAGUGUUGAAAUCCAAGGGAUCGAUGAACAUUUUGGUAGCGCUAAAUUCUUUGUAGACCAUGGAGAGAAUCUUACUCUUAACGAUGCAAAGCUACUUAAGUCAAGCAUCUACGUUCCUUCUGUGAAGUAA